AAUGUGCUCGCUCGGUGGGUUACGCAUCGUCAUCGGCAGUGAGUGCACCGUCUCUGUUGGCUUACACCUCGAUGCUCUGGACGCACCUUCGAUGCCAGCCACUAAGAACCCCUCCAAAUAUUCUUGUCAUGCUCUACGCGCCUCGCUGCGACCUUCGUUGUGUGUUCGACAAGAAGGAGCUCAGUCAAUACGAGAAUCGACGGAAAGGAUUGUUAUUGACGACGGACCCACUUUUGUGAAGAAAGUUGGAAAGCCUGGUGUUAUAUGGCAAGUCGCGUUCGUGACUGCGACCUCAUUUCUGGCCAUCUCAAUUGCCGCCUCGCAAACAACCGUCGAAACUUUACGAUGGACUGAGCGAAUGACGACGUUAUCUCCUGUCUGGAGCGUCAAAACUAUCACGAACACGGAUCUGAAGCGUGCGCAAAACGUCGAGCUAAUACAGGGCCUUCGUGAAACCCUCGGCAAUAUUCAGAGCACUGUACAGCAGCUACCAGUGCUUAUUCGACCGUGGAUAAACCUUGCCUGCGUCUCGGUUAUGCAGCCGUACGCAGACGCCUCAGAAGGAAAGCGGUUAUGCUGGAAAAUCUGUCUGCUCAACGCUGCUGUGUGGGCCGCAUGGAAGGUUAAGCGGUGGCAACCGUAUAUGACGAGAAGUUUCAUGCACUAUCCUCUAUCGGGUCUGUCAUUUACCCUCUUGACGAGUAUCUUUAGUCAUCGAUCAGCUCUGCAUCUCCUGUUCAACUGUUUGGCUUUGGAGAGCUUCGGUUCUGCUGCCUAUUACUAUUUCCUGCGAGAGCAGGAUAAGGCCCAACCCGACACUCUAGAGUCAACAAGCGCCUACCACUUCCUUGGAUUCUUCAUCUCUGCCGGCCUCUUCUCCGGCCUCGUCUCGCACGUCGUCAACGCCAAAUUCCGGUAUCCGCGCCUCGUUGCUCAAUACGCAACAUCCGCCAACACUGCAGCAAAGACGGAGACUUGGGCAGGUGCGGUCGCCGCUGCAUCUGCCUCGACAGCACAGACCGCCGCGAAGAAGGCCGUUCCGGACAUCCUACCCAGCCUCGGCGCAUCUGGUGCCAUCUACGCUGCGGUGACGGUGACGGCACUCGCGUUUCCGGAGUCUCAGGUCGCGUUGUUCAUCCCGCCUACGUACCCGAUUAACAUCCAGUAUGGAGUUGGUGGGCUGAUGCUGUUGGAUACGAUUGGGAUUCUUCGGGGGUGGAGAAUGUUUGACCACUGGGCUCACCUUGGAGGUGCCGCGUUUGGCGUGGUGUACUACUACUACGGACCUUCGUACUGGCGAUACCUCCGGGCAGAGACGACAAAAAUAGAGGCAGACAAAAGAGCAGAACGGGUAGCCAGCUA